GGUUUUGAGGGGUUUAAGGUAGGUUAUAGAAUAUCGCGAGCUGCACAUGUGGUCUGCGUGCGUCUGUCGUGGAGGUAACGGACACUUGUGAAAUAUGGGGAAAAAGGACAAGAAGAAAGGUAAGGGCGCGGAAAAAACUAUCGCAAAGACAGAAAGAAAGGCAACACAGAAAUUGAAGAAGGAAUUGGCCGCGAAGGGCGAGGAUGACAUCGAAAAGCUCAUCGCACAGUUUGUUGAAGAAGAUCGCAAAAGACUAGCGGUUACUGAGGAGCUCGUGGGGCCUCCGUCUUGUAGGAGCGGCGCUACACUGUGUGUGCAUCCUGAAAAAGACCAGCUUUUACUUUUCGGUGGAGAAUACUUCAAUGGGCAAAAGACAUUUAUGUACAAUGACCUCUUUUUGUACAACAUCAAGAAGAACAACUGGCUUCUUGUAAAGUGCCCUAACUUGCCACCUCCACGAUGUGCUCACCAGGCUGUGAUGGUGCCUCAAGGAGGGGGCCAAAUGUGGAUCUUUGGGGGCGAGUUCGCCAGCCCAACGAAGUCCCAGUUUUACCACUACAAGGACCUGUGGGUCUACCAUAUUGCAAGCCGGAGCUGGGAGCAGGUGAAUGCUCCAAGAGGGCCCAGCGCACGCAGUGGUCAUCGCAUGGUGCAAGUGGGUCGUCAGUUACUGCUUUUUGGUGGCUUUCAUGAGAGCAUCAGGGACUACCGUUACUUCAACGAUGUGUACCUGUUCAACUUGGAUCUGCGAGCAUGGACCAAAGUGGAGUGCAGCAACUCUGGGCCUUCACCGCGUUCGGGCUGCCAGCUGUUGCCAGUGGCUGAAGGAAAAGUUCUUCUUUAUGGUGGUUAUUCACGUGAAAAAGUCAAGAAGGACUUGGAUGAGGGAAAGGCUCACACAGACAUGUUCCUUCUCCAGACUGACACGCGCAGCUCUGGCAAAUGGAAAUGGUCCACAGUGAAGCAGUCAGGCUGCCGGCCGAGUCCUCGGAGUGGCAUGUCAGUAGCUGGCCAACCACAAGGCAACCGGGCUUACUUUUUUGGAGGCGUCCAAGACCAGGAGGAAGAAGAGUCCUUGGUGGGCCACUUCUUCAAUGAUCUGCUUUGCCUUGACAUGGACAGGGGGUUGUGGCGGCCAGUCAUCUUGAACGUUGCCACUGACAAGGACGUUGCACAGUUGGGUGAUGGCAAUGCCCAGGAGGAGGGGCCACAUGAAGAUUUGCACAAGCUCAACAUAGAAGAGCCUGUUGUGACAUCAGAUGAUGGUGUCUUCACAGUUACAAUCGGGGCAUCAAAGGAAAAAACACCAGCAGAACCCAUGUGCCAAGAAGCAACAACUUCAGAGGCACCCAAGGAUGCCUUUGCACCAGUUCCUCGUAUGGGCAGCUGCAUGGCCAUCAAGCAUGGGAUCCUCUACUUGUAUGGAGGGAUGUUUGAAGACAAUCAUCGGCAGUUUACACUUUCUGACAUGUAUGCACUAGACCUGCGCAAGUUGGAUAAUUGGAAAGUGCUUGUACCAUUGGAUCCACAAGCACAGGAAUGGCUUGGGUCUGAUGACUCUGAUUCUGACUCUGAAGAGAUGGAGAUAGAUGAAGAUGACGAGGAUGAUGAAGACAGUGAGGAAGGUGCAUGUGCUCCAUCUGACUCAUGAAGAAAUAAUUGUUUUGGAUUUCUGUCUGGUACAUAUAAAUAAAUUU